UCUGUUACACUUCGCUGCCAAUCCAGUAUUGCAGUAGGAAGCUUUGUUUCCAAGAUUCUAAUGUGUUAGUUAAGGUCUCACAGACAUCGCCAUGAAAUCAAGGUUCGCUGCUUGAUUUUAGAGCAGUUGCGUUUGUUGCAAACACCAGAGAUGAACGUUACGAUCACCUUCCGCGAUAGUUUCUCCUCCAUUUGGCCGUGUAGUCCUUGCUGUAAUCUUCGUCUUCAUCCAGCUAUCUCCUCUUCAGUUGCCGUGAGGCGGAGAUGUUUUCCAAGGCACCAUUUGCAGAAAAAUCCUGUUUCAAGGAAGCCAGGGAUUGUUUGCCGAGUGACUGAGACAGAGACUGAGCCAGAAAGUAAUAAUGAUAAGGAAACAGAAAUACCGAAAGAUGGAGAAAUGCCACUUUCCAGUGAUCCACUUACGCAGAAUGAUUCUCAGCCUAUUCUUGAUGAUCAAGACGAGGACCAAUUAACCAGGAUAGAAAUGCUUGGUUCAACUGAUGCAGUUGAAGAUAGCACAGGAGAAACUAAGGGUGAAGGUGACAUCCAGGAGGAGACUGUUUAUCUAGAAGUUGCAAGUGGAUCUCCUCUUCCAGGUGUGAAGGCGCAGCAACUGAGUGAAGCAGUCAGGGUCCCAAAGGAAACAAUUGACAUUCUUAAGGACCAAGUAUUUGGUUUUGAUACCUUUUUCGUCACAAGCCAGGAGCCAUACGAGGGUGGAAUUUUGUUCAAAGGAAACUUGCGAGGGAAGGCUGAUAAAAGUUAUGAAAAGAUAACAAAAAGGAUGCAGGAUAGAUUUGGGGAUCAAUAUAAGCUUUUCCUUCUCAUCAAUCCGGAGGAUGAUAAGCCGGUGGCUGUAGUUGUUCCAAGGACGACCUUGCAACCAGAGACAACUGCGGUUCCAGAAUGGUUUGCAGCUGGUGCUUUUGGACUGGUAACCAUUUUCACCUUACUUCUCCGGAAUGUACCUGCACUGCAAUCAAACUUACUGUCUACUUUUGACAAUCUUGAAUUAUUGAAGGAUGGCCUCCCUGGAGCCAUUACUACUGCAUUUGUUUUGUUUGCACAUGAACUUGGCCACAUUUUAAUUGCUAGACACACUGGAAUUAAGCUUGGAGUGCCAUACUUUGUUCCUAGUUGGCAGAUAGGUUCUUAUGGUGCCAUUACAAGGAUUGUUAAUAUUGUGCCCAAACGAGAGGAUCUUCUAAAGCUUGCAGCUGCUGGACCUUUGGCUGGAUUCUCUAUUGGUCUUGUGCUUCUGUUCUUAGGGUUUAUCUUACCACCAAGUGAUGGUAUUGGCAUUGUUGUAGAUGCAUCAGUCUUCCAUGAGUCUCUUCUUGCUGGUGGCAUAGCAAAGCUUCUCCUGGGAGAUACACUCAAAGACGGGACUCCCUUAUCCGUCAAUCCGCUAGUAAUAUGGGCAUGGGCUGGACUCCUUAUUAAUGCAAUCAACAGCAUACCUGCAGGGGAGCUUGAUGGGGGGCGCAUUUCUUUUGCUCUAUGGGGAAGAAAGGCCUCAUCUCGUAUCACAGCUGCUUCCAUUGCUUUGCUGGGACUAGCCUCGCUGUUCAGUGAUGUGGCCUUCUAUUGGGUUGUUUUGAUAUUCUUCUUGCAGAGAGGGCCAAUUGCUCCACUCUCUGAAGAGAUCACUGAUCCAGAUGACAAGUAUGUUGCUCUUGGCAUUUCAAUUUUGCUCUUGGGGUUGCUUGUAUGUUUACCGUACCCCUUCCCUUUCACAAGUGAAACCAUUAUGAAUCUGUAGGAAGACAUGCAUAAAUCUUUAGGAAGGU